UAUCAACCAUUUGCUUUUAAGCGAUCUUGUGAAGCCACUUGACCAUGGAAUCCCCAAUGUGCCUCGUUAAAAACGCUGACGGAGAGCUUUGCGUAGAACCAGAGGCCAUCGACUACCUGAUGGGACUGAAACAGAAAGUUGUAGUUGUGUCUGUGGUCGGGCUGUAUCGCACCGGAAAGUCCUACCUCAUGAACAAGCUGGCUCAGAAGAGAAGUGGUUUUGCCCUUGGAGCCACCAUCCAAUCUAAGACUAAGGGCAUCUGGAUGUGGUGUGUCCCUCAUCCUGAAAAAACAGACCACACCCUCGUGCUGCUGGAUACGGAGGGACUGGGGGACGUGGAGAAGGGGGAUUCUAAGAAUGAUGCCUGGAUCUUCUCGCUGGCCAUUCUGUUAAGCAGUACUCUGGUCUACAACAGUCGAGGGACCAUCGACAAUGAUGCUGUGGAGAAGCUUCAAUAUGUGAACGAGCUGACAGAGAUGAUCAAGGUUAAGUCUUCCACUGGCGAUGAGGAGGAAGGAGAGGGCACACCGUUUAUGCAGUUCUUUCCUAAUUUUGUGUGGACCGUCAGAGAUUUCACUCUAAAGCUCGAGAUAGACGGCAGAGAAAUCACUCCAGACGAGUAUCUGGAGAAUUCCCUGAAACUCAAGACAGGUACUAGUAAAAAGAUCAAUGACUACAACUUCCCGCGAGAGUGCAUCCGGAACUUCUUCCCCUCACGCAAGUGUUUUGUGUUCCCCUCCCCUACAACUCCUGACAACAUGCACCGACUGGACUCCAUGGACGAGGCUGAGCUUUCUGAACGCUUCAGAGAGGUCGCAGAUACUUUCUGCCGCUUUAUUUUCCAGGAGAGCCGUAUGAAGACUGUUAUAGGGGGACACACAUUGACUGGAGAGAUGUUGGGGCACUUGGUGAACACCUAUGUGGAGACCAUUGCCAAAGGCAAUGUGCCCUGUCUGGAGAAUGCUGUGUUGGCCAUGGCUAAAAUUGAGAACCAGGCUGCUGUGGAUGAGGGCCUGGCGGUGUACCAGAAGGGAAUGGAGGAUGUGAAGGCCUUAUUCCCAGUGGACGUCAAUCAGCUGUCAGAGAACCAUCUUCGCUCAGAGACCCAGGCCACAAAGGCAUUCAUGAAGCGAUCCUUCAAAGACAACGAUGGGGAAUUCUUGAAAGCUCUGGCGGAGGCCAUUGUCAACCACUCCGACGAACUUUUCAAACAGAACAAGGAUGCCUCAGAGAAGAAUUGCAAGGCCCUUCUGGAGAAGCUGUCUGCUCUGAUGGAUCAGGGGAUGAAGGAGGGAACAUACGCCACACCAGGAGGCUAUAGGCUUUACUGCAAUCACCAUGACAACAUAGUGGCACAGUACCGGGCCGAACCUAACAAAGGAGUCAGGGCUGAAGAGGUUCUGGAGCAGUUCCUGAAGGACAAGAGUGCAGAGUCCAACUCCAUCCUGCAAGCUGACAAACAACUGACGGAAAAUGAGAAAGAAAUCCAAGCUGAGAAGAAGAAAACAGCUGAGCUGGAGCAGGAGAAGGCAGCAUUCAGGGAGCAACAGGCAGAGAUGGAGCGCACCAUUGAGAACAAUCGCAUUAGCCAGGAGAAGUACUUGAAGGAGAUGAAAGAGAAGAUGGAGGAGGAGAGGAAGCAACAGCAGCAGGAGUUCAACAGGAUGCUGGAACGCAGGAUGCAGGAUCAGAAAAAUCUCCUGGAGAAGGGCCAUAAGGAGAAGGCUGAGCUAAUGAGACAAGAGAUCUUGGAGAUUAAGAAGAGGGAUGAAUUGGAAAGGGAGACCAAUACCCAGAAUCAGAAGGUUCUGAUGGAAUUAUUAAAUCGGCAGGCUGUGGGACAGAAAGAACAGAUGGAAAUGUUAAUGAGGGAGCUCAACAAUAGAUCACAGGCCCCUGUACAAGUUGUUGAACGCCUUGUUCCUCAGCCGUCCUGUAUCGUAAUGUGAUCUACUCCACCUUGAAUUCUUGACUAUGAAAAGUAAACUGAUAUUGAGUCUUGAAGUGUUUGUCUUCUAUAACCAUCAUUAUUUUUUAUCUAACCCUGCUGGUUAUCUAUGAAAGCUGAUGUGAAAAGGGCUUUAUAAAAAACAUUUGAUUGAUUGACCUCUUGUGAACCCUCCAAACCCUAAACACUCCACACACAGAUCGCGAGAAUCUUUCAGAUAAAUGCUAUAAGCACAUGACUGGGAUCAUGAUCUCAACCCCGAAUCCGGCUUAGUCAUCGUCGUCUUUGUCGUUUUCUUAAACCAGCAAAUUGAAUAAUAACUCAUUGUUUGUGAUUAUAAAAUGUGUGAGAACAAGUACAAACUUCAGCACACAACAUCCAGUGGGUAAGCACUCUACCACAAAGGGAAAGGUUAGUUAGAGCAACACAAGUCCGUCUCGUUUUCCAAUUGUUUGAUUUAGUAGCGUGAAUCGUUCCUGUUCACACCUGUUGGGGAAUAAUCAGAAUUAGUUGGUAACAUAGGUUAGAUGUUUUGUAUUCAUCAUAUGUUUGUAAGUUACUUCUCAUCAGAAUGUGUUUGUAUAAUACUGUGGCGGGGUCGCAGUAUCUGUUCUCUGUCAAGACUAAGUUAUUUGGACCGGGGAGAGGGGAGAGGUCAAGCGUGUAUCUCUUGGCUCCACAAUGUCUGUGUGCCAGUCAGUGUGUCUCUGUGAUCUUGUCAAGAUAGGAUGGAUUUGAUAUAUGCCUGUUGAUAUGGAGGAUUUGUUUAUGGUUCUGAGUUUGAGUAAAUAACAUAGUUUAGGAGACAAAGCUGAAAGAUAAAUUAUGUCUAUGCUGUCUAGCUAUGUGUGUUUUUUGCUAUUAAAGGAUCUCAGUUGAAAUAUGGAAGGGACUCUCAGAGAAUUCAUUGAUAGACACUGAAUUGAUCUGAGAGUCACAGGGUUGUGAUGGAGCUCAUAUAAUUAAAGAUGGACUUUGAUAACUAA